AUGCAUCUUCUUCAUAUUGUUCUGCUGUUUGCCUUGCUUACUAUUCUGGAGUCAUGCAAUUACAAAGCUCAAGUCAGAUCCGAAACGGAUCGCGACAUUUGGGCACAAUUCACAUUCUAUAAUAAGUCCGAGUCUGAAAUUUUCAAGUUCUCAAAAUACGGAGAGACCAAGAACUUUACGUUUACUGGAACAAUGUGUAAUCUAGCACCAACUAUAUUGAAGUCUUGGGAAACGUUCCCCAAAAAAGGUAUCAAUCCAGUCGGCCAGACAUCAGCACAUUUGGAAGGUAUGGGGACCAUUUACUACAAAAUCUUCCCAAAACAAGGACCAGCAGCUAUCAGAGCCGAAGGAAUGCUCUGUUCGUGGGGACAGUGUCGUCUAGGAAAAUGA